AUGCGGUAAACGUCAAAUUUUGUGUUGUCAAACACUUGUCAACGUGAGGAUGAGAUCACUUUCGACCACUAAUUCGGGAGAGUCUUUAUAAAUUUUCGAUAACACCAUGGGUCUGUUCGGGAAAACACCAGAAAGAAACCCAAAGGACAUGGUAAACGAAUGGAACUCCAAACUCAGGAAAGAAGGAUACCAAUUGGACCGUCAGAUUAGAGCUAUCAAACGAGAAGAGGAGAAAGUGAAGCGCUCUCUUAAGGAAGCCGCAAAGAAGGGUGACAAAGACACUUGUAACAUUUUGGCGAAAGAAAUUUUGCACGCACGUCGUGCUAUAACUAAAAUUUAUACUUCCAAGGCGCACAUUAACUCAGUCAUGUUGCAGAUGAAAAACCAGCUGGCUACUCUCAGAGUUGCCGGCUCUCUAGCUAAAUCCACGGAAGUCAUGCAAGCCAUGCAGCGCUUGAUCCGCGUACCAGAGGUAGCCCAAACCAUGCAAAACAUGUCCAAAGAGAUGAUGAAAGCCGGAAUUAUUGAAGAAAUGUUGGAUGAAACCAUGGACACUUUUGAGGACAACACUGAAGAAAUGGAGGAAGCCGCGCAGAACGAAAUUGAUAAAGUAUUAUGGGAAAUCACUGAAGGUAAAUUAGGUGAAGCUCCAGCUCCUCCAGUGGGAGAAAGACCGGUUGAGAAACCUGUAGAAGUCGAGGAAGAAGAUGAGGAAGAAAUCGAAGAAAUGCAAAGCAGAUUAGCAGCUCUCAAGUCUUAAGUAAUGACGAACGCACUGUUGUUCUUUUAAGAGUAUUUAAUAACUGUAUUUGCUUCACUGUGGAUAAAAAUGAAUAUUUUUUUAGUGUAUUUAUGCAAUACUUUGUAAAUAAUAGGAUUCUAACUGUUCACUAAUGCUUGUUAAGAAGUUUAUUGUUUUUAAUUAAAUAAAUAUUUAAAAUGAG